UUUUAGGGUUUUCAAUUAAUGACAGUUGCCCAACUUACCCAAACCCAAGAGGUGAACCAGUUUCCCCUCUUUUUUCUGUUAUCUCUCCAUCAAUAAGUUCAACUGUCACAAUGAAGCUUUCCCUAUCCCUUUGACUGUAAUCUUGUCUUAUUCAUCAUAAAUCUUUGAUUUUUCUAACUCAAUUGGUGUCUAUUUUUAGUGGAUCGCACUGUUUUGUGUUGGGUUAUGAGUGCUGUCGUUGAUUUCUUAUCCCUUUUUCUGAUCUGGGGCUGUAAUAAUUCCCCCCUUAUGAGCUUCAAGAGCAAGUUUUUACCUUUUUUGGGUGUUAGGGAAGAAUAUCAACAAAAAAGCGAUCAUGGUCUCCAAUAAUGAUGAUGAAAGUAGUGAAAAUGAACAAUGUGGGUCCCUUUUAAUUUUGACCAGAGGAAAAGGUACUAUCAGAUAGGAAAAGAUGUCGAUUUUGAUGCUGUAUUUGUCCUGCACACGCUUCAACUUUGGUUGUAAUCUUCGUUUGUGUUAAAGGGUCUGUUUAUUUUUGUAAUUCAUCCGUGCACACCAGGUGUUUGUGAAAAUGCCAAUGUACACUGGUGGGCAGGUGUUGGAUCUUGAAACAGCUGUUAAAGAUGGCAUUUUGGGUGGUGAUGGUGGAGGGGUAAUCUGCAGUGACGUCACCACACCAAAUUUGGUGAAAUUUGAUUUGAAGAAGAUUAUUGAACAGCUUGAUUCGAUCGAAGAAGUCGAUGUCCCGGCUGUGUUCAUCUGUCCAAUCUCAUUAGAACCGAUGCAGGAUCCGGUCACCCUUUGCACCGGACAGACGUACGAAAGGUCCAACAUUCUUAGAUGGUUUUCAUUGGGACACUUCACUUGCCCCACCACAAUGCAGGAGCUUUGGGACGACUCGGUCACACCGAAUUCGACACUUUACCAUUUGAUCCAAACAUGGUUCUCCCAGAAGUAUUUCAUUAUGAAAAAGAGGUCAGAAGAUGUUCAGGGAAGGUGUUUAGAGCUGCUUGAGACAUUGAAGAAAGUCAAAGGUCAAACCAGAGUCCAAACAUUGAAAGAACUCCGAAAAACUGUGGCGACGCAUGAAUCCGCCAAGAAAACCGUAGUCGACAAUGGUGGGGUAAGCUUCAUCUCCUCACUGUUAGGCCCUUUCACUAGCCACUCAGUUGGAUCAGAAGCCAUUGCAAUUUUGGUCAAUUUAGAACUAAACUCUGAUUGCAUAGCUAAUCUGUUACAACCCGACAAGAUUUCACUAAUGGUUGAUGUUUUGAAUGAUGGGUCAACCGAAACCAAAAUUAAUUGUGUAAGAUUGAUGGAAACUUUGUUUAACGGCUCUAAAACUGUCCCAAGUUUGAGUCUUUUGGUGGGAGUUUUAAGAUUAGUGAAGAACCGACGACACCCACCCGGGAUAUUGGCUGGGCUCCGAUUGUUAAAGAUCAUCAGUUCACAACAAUCACUAGGAAACUCAAUUAUAAGCAUUGGGGGUGUUCAGCAUUUGGUUGAAAUGUUGCCUCAGUUUAACUCUGAAUGUUUAGAAUUAUCUUUAUAUGUUCUUGAAAUUCUGUCGUUGAUCCCCGAAGGUGCGUUGGCUCUCAAGAAUUGCGCUAAUACGAUUCCCAAUUUGGUCAAACUGUUGAUGAAAGUAUCAGAGAAUAGUACUCGACAUGUGUUAUCGAUUUUAUGGGAAGUUUGCAAACUUUCCCCUGGAGAAUUUACUGUCAUUGCAGUCAACGCGGGUCUUGCUGCAAAACUUCUUCUUGUAAUUCAGAGUGCCUGCAGUCCGGUAUUGAAGCAACGGUCAGCGGAGCUUUUGAAAUUUUGUAGCUUGAAUUGCAAGUCUACCAUUUUCAUUUCAAAGUGUAAGCUAACAAGCACAUUGCAUUGAGGAUAAAAGUGGUCAAAAGUCUAAAGUCAAAAGUCAAAACCUGUUCAUAUGAUGCCCUUCAUCUAUCCUGUGUAUAUCAGCUGAAAACAUCAUUAAGAAUGCAGUGAAUAAAUCUUGGUGAAGCAUCUCAAGGUAGUACAUACGUUUGCGGUGUGUUUGGGGAAGAUCAUGUGCUUUGUUUGCAUUACUGAUGCCAAAAUGUAAUAUCUACAAAGUUAAUUGUGUUUGAAGUUGUAAUCCUCAUUUGAUAGUUAUAUGUUAUUUCAAAGUAUCCUUAAAAUCAAUUUUAUAUAAA